AUGCCGCCUAUGUCUUCAGCAGCCAUCAUUGAUACUCCUAAAGCAGGCCCACUCGCAUUCAAGUCUCAACCACCACCUAUCAUUCUUUCCAAAGAGAUUUCAAACACUAUCAAUGAUCGUGCAAUGACUUCUUUCUUUCUACUCACAUAUUUCGGGACUCUGGUCCUGUCAAAGGAUAUUAUGAUUUCUUUAGCUGCAUAUGCUUAUGCUUUCAAAUAUCCGUUUCUUCUUCAGAAAGCAACUCAAUCCUUUGGUUACGCACUCCAUCUUGUCAAUGAAGCAUUGACAUCCAUCGAAGAGGCCACCAAAGAUUACACUAUUAUAUCCGUGGUUCUGUUCAAUACAUUUGGAGUACUCACCUUUCAAAAUUUAGAUACCUUGAUGGAUUGUGAUAGCCAUAUAUCUGGUGCAACAUCCAUGCUAAAAUUACGUGGGUUUCGUCAAAUGGAGACUCGGCAUGGACUUCAAUUGUUUUUUCAAAUGAAUUCAAUUCUCCUACAAAGUUGUAUCUGGCAUUCAUUUCGGGUUCCUGAUGAUUUGAUUGAGUUACAGAAACACGCUGCAGGUUUUUAG